AUGGGUGGGAAGAGAAAGAAGAAAAGUCUCAACCCCAACGAUUCAUCAAACAGCCCCGACCAGAAGAAAGGCAAACGAAACAGCAAUGUAUCUGUUCGUCCAUCGGCCUCUCUCACAGACAGUGUUGUACAGUCUGAUCGUGUCAGCAACCGUUUUGCGAUCCUGGCUAACGCUGAAGACGACCAAGAAUCUGCUCGAACAAUUACAACAUCGGCAAAGCAGAAGAUGAAAUUACCCCCGCUGGUAGUAAAAUCGAUCCCCUUGGACAAAAUUAAGAGGACUAUGCAAGCGAUCGGUGUGGACGCUGUUUACCAAAUCACCAGGAUGGGUAUCAAAAUUAUCACAUCGACUCGAGAGGAAUAUAAUAUAUCCAAAACGUACCUGACCAAGGCCAACAUUCCCUAUUUCACGCAUGAUGUGGCAAGCGAGAAACCCUUCAAGGCGGUGAUCCGAGGACUACCCGUAAUGGAUGAGAAAGACAUCUUAUCAGAACUCCGGAAUAAAUUCAAGCUCCAGGCACUAGCGGUCUUCCCAAUGAGUCGUCGGAACAAGGAAAUCUUGUAUUGCAAUUGUUUAUAUUUGAUCCACUUUGCAAAAAACACUGCAUCGCUGAGAGCCCUUUAA